AUGGACUUUGUCACACACCUUCCGAGGUCUGAACGAGGGAAUACCUUCCUACUCCUGUUUCAAGACAUGAUCACAAGCUAUGCUAUGUGUAAACCCAUGAGCAGUACUACCGCUCAAGACUGUGCCGAAGCCUAUGAGGAGGUUGUGGUCAGGAACUAUGGCGCAAGCUCUGAAAUCCGUCAUGACAGAGAUCCCAGGUUGAUGAGUCGGAAGGCAACGCUCGCGUAUCGUCCACAGGCCAAUGGCCAGCAGGAACGGUCGGGUCAGACAAUUAUGCACAGUAUCAGGGCGUAUGUUGAAGAACCCGACCAAACCGAUGGGGACGACCACGCAUAG